CUUUUUUAUUUUUUUCGGACUUGCGAACGGCCAUUUAUUUUUUUAUUUUUUCAGAAGCGUUUGGAUUGCUUUCCCUGUUUCCUUUCUUUCUUUGCAACUCUUUUUCUUACCUUGGUCAUUUGGGUCACUUGGGUCAUUGGUCAUGCCGGCAGACGAACUUAACAACGAGCCUCGACGGAAACGCGCCAAAAUCGUCAGUGCAUGCAGCGAAUGCCGUCGUAAAAAGACAAAAUGCCAUGGCGAACAACCAUGUCGUAACUGUCAGAAAGCGGCGGUGCCUUGUAUCUAUCCUUCCGCCAACAGCGACGAGAAACGGAAUGCUCAUAACAAAGCGGCUUUGGAUGCCAUUGAAGUACGCUUAAAAGCCAUUGAAGAUAUGCUCCGAACAAUAUUACAAUCCCGUAUUGUUCCUACCGAUCUGGACCCGGUGGCCGUCCACAACUUCUUAAACAGAGACAAACACGUUCCAUCUUCGCCUAUUCUUUCGUCUUCCACCUCUUCUGCUCCUGCUCCUGCUCCUCCUGUUCCAGCCGCACUUCCAUCAUCACUUGCUGCUGCUCACGUCUCCGCCACCAGUAACCCAGGAACACCGCGUUCCAUUCCUGCUACAACGGAAUUAGGUGCACUAUCUCCGCCCAGCUCCACGGCCGGGUCUUGCUCAUCCAACCUUCCACCGCCUUCCUUGUCCUCGGCUUCACAUGAUUUUCGAUUACCCUCGAUUCAUAACCUUUCGGCCCCCACGGCUUAUGCAGCGCAUUUAGCCGAACCCAAGCAUGAACAGCGAGAUCUUCCACCGCUCGGAUUUCAGUCCCCCCCUCGUCCUUAUCCGUAUGUCUGUCGAGCCGAAGAUGCAGACACUUAUCCAUUCGAAUCCGACGAAUAUGUACUGCAUCCAAUCAAGAAGCGUAAAAGAUAAUUCUUGUUCAAAUCUUAUUUUUUUCUUCCCUAUAUUGCUUUGUUGUAUGUCUCCUAUUCUUUUAUUUCCCUUUUUUUUAUUUUAUUUUAUUUUCCCUUUUCCUUUUCUGUUCCGUUGUGUCUAUCCCUUUUUCCCUAAUUAUUUAUCUAUCUUAUAUAUUUAAUCAUUUAGUGUCUUUCUCUUGUAGCUGACAAGAAAGAAGAGCAAGAAUAAGAACUUCUGAUGCCAUUCUAUUGGAAAUAGAGUAAUUGUUGUAAAAUAAAAAUGGCUUGAAAAAAUCCUUUUCUCUUCCAAGCCUUCUUCCAG